ACCUGGAUUUUGAGCUCAAUAUUCUUUUGAUAAGCGAGAUUACAUUCAAGACACGAGAGCAUCUUUUGUUUGACGAUGUUGAACGACACAAAUGACAGUAUUUAAAGAGACGAAAAGGUCUAAAAAACAAAUCAUUCUGGCUUUAUGUAGUAAAGAGAACUGGUAAAGAUGGAUCCGGGAAAGCUAGUGCCAUUUCUGUUUCUCACAAGCGCUAUUCUUUUCUCCAAAGCAUGCGAGAUACGGUACUAUAAGGUUGGAUGUUACUAUGACUGGGAAAACCCACGGACGUUUCCCAACCUGUUAUUGAACGCGAGAUAUUCAGCGGCCAAAAAAAAUCCUGGAUACACGAUUGCUUGGGAUGUUCAAAAAUAUCAAACAUUUUUACCAAGAUUUAUCUGUGACUGCGCCAAAGCCGUGGUCGCAAACGGUAAUAAAUAUUUCGGUAUACAGUACUAUGCUGAAUGUUGGAGUGGGACGGCAGGACCUGAGACUUUUGCUCAAUUGGAUCCAUCAAAAUCUUGUGUAAAUUCUUCAUUUGGAAUAUGCUCGGAAGAUUCCGAACAUUGCACUGGUGCUGAUUACAUGAAUUUGAUCUAUUAUGUGCCUGACCGGUCAAAAACUGACACAAAGAAGCCUAUUGCAGUCACAACACGACCUCCAAAAACUACGACAAAACCUCCGACAACCACGACAAAGCCUCCGACAACUACGACAGAACCUCCAACGACUACGACAAAGCCUCCAACAAUUACGACAAAACCUCCGACAACUACGACAAAACCUCCGACAACUACGACAAAACCUUCGACAACUACGACAAAACCUCCGACAACAACGACAAAAGCUUCGACAACUACGACAAAACCUCCGACGACUACGACAGAACCUCCGACAACUACGACAAAACCUCCGACAACUACGACAAAACCUCCGACAACAACGACAAAAGCUUCGACAACUACGACAAAACCUCCGACGACUACGACAGAACCUCCGACAACUACGACAAAACCUCCGACAACUACGACAAAAGCUUCGAAACCCACAACACCAGUUGCAGUAACCAGAACGGAAGACCCGAAGAAACCAGACUGCAUGAAAACUGCAGAGAUCCUAAUUGCGCUGGAUGUAUCCUCGAGCAUUUCUUUACCCGAAUUUGAAAAAAGAAAGAAACUUCUGGUUGAUUUUGUUGGGAGAUUUCCAGUAAACACAAACGAGGUUCAUUUUGGCUUGUUACACUACAAUCACAUCGUACAUACCGACUUCACGUUUGAAGAUCCUUUCUUUUACAAUAUCGACGCGGUCCAAAGAGCCAUCUUUCAAGUACCGUUGCUUGGCGGAGCAACACUGACUCAGAAAGCUUUACAUCAAGCGUUUCGCGUGUUCUCUGAAUCUCAAUACGGAGAGCGAGCAGCAUCGACGAAGAUCUUAAUCAUUGUGACAGAUGGGUAUACCUAUGGUGGAGUAGAAACUUUAGAGUUACCAUCCUUGAGAUUACAGCUUUCCGGAGUGAAAGUUGUUGCCAUUGGAUUGGGUACGAGGGUGAACGUGCCAGGGCUAAGAGUAAUGACACGUGAUGUCAUAACAAUGGGUAAUAUUCUUCACAAGACUGAGGAAGAACUAUCCAAGUACCUCGAGAUGUUAAUACAAGUUGUGUGUCAUUGAAUGCCAAACGGAAAAAUUUGAACGUUUAAAAUGUAAUAGCUCGUAAACUAUAGAUAUUGUAAACGAAUUAUAGCCUACUGGAAUGUACAAAGAUGAUAGUUAAUUUUUGAGACUACCAACAAUAAGAUAAAAAGUUAUAAGUGUCGUGAAAUCAUGAGAUGUUGUGAACGAAUUAUAAUCAAAUAUAUACAAAGAUGAUGAUAGUAACUAAAUACUUGACACUAUACCAACGGUAAGAUAAU